GAAAAAAUAUGGCGCUCACAGCGAAUGUGGCGACGCCCUGGUGGCAAACCGGCGAAACAUUAUAACCACAAGAAGCCACCGUUUCUGCACUGCAUUACUAUAUCAGUUUAUCAUGACUGUUUAGACAGAAAUGCAGUUCAAACCUGCAUGAAGUCACAAAAGGUAGACUGAUCUACCUCCCAUGCAUUCAGACACAGGGAGAGUUUUUAUUUAAUCAAGAAAGGUGAAACAUUGACAACAAUAAAAAUGGAGUCAAAUGAACAGUUACAAGCCAAGCUGGAAGAGCUCCGUACUCAUGUUCCUCUAAUAAAACGAAUGAUUGCAAAACUUUCACAUGUUGUAAAUACAAACAAUAAUCCAAAAAGCCAGAGCCAGCUGCAAAGAUUGAUGGGACUUCAUAACUUCUUGACAGGACCAAUGACUAAAGUGCCCAAAAUGGAGAUGCUUCAGAAAAUGGAAGCUGUACUCUUAAGUAUUAAGGACAAAAUGCAAAAGGCAGAAUCUUUGAAACCUGGGUCAGGCAGUGAGCAAAAAAGUGAAAAAGGUUUAUCAACACCAGGAACUUCACAAAGUCGCUUCACUGUAGCAGGACCAGCUCAUUCUCAAGGAAGUCCUGUAGUUCAGCGACCAUCUGACUCAAGUCAUGCAGCUAUGUCAGGAAAUUCUAGUGUCCCAAAACAGGCAACGUUCAAACAUGAAACUGUCUCAAGUCAAAAAAGUCUAUAUGGUCAUGGAAGUGGUUUGGGCCAUGCUACUGCCCCUGGACACAGUAGUGGACCAGGUCAUGGAGCUAGCAAUAGGGUUUCUUCAAAUACUAAGAACUUUCAGAGUUCUUCAAAAACUUCAAGGCCUUGGAUAGGUGACAGACAACCAUCAAAAGAGACAACAGAUGGUGAGAGUGAUGUUGUGAUAUUAGAAAAAAAGGACAUGCCUGGUAAACCUGGGGAUGGCAAAAGGUAUAGUGAAAAUCGCAGAGAACAGGAAAAGCCCAAGUUAACUGACCCAAGAAGUUACUUGGAAAGAAGUAAAAGUGAUGUAAGUGAUCCAAGGAAACGAAAUCCCAGUGAAAAUGACCGAAGCAGGGACAGUGGUAAUUCAUUUUCAAAUAGAGACAGGGAAAAGAGCCAUGAAAGUUUCAGGAAUGUCAGACCUCCUGAAAAUGAACAGUCACAUAAAGUCCGCCACCAAGGUUAUUCAGAAAUUUCAAAGCAUGAUGAGGGAGGACACUCUUCAAAAAGGAAUAGCUUGUUAGAUCUUCCAAUGCCCCCCUCAGCACCAAGUCAGGCUAAUAAAGAGUUAUUUGAUAGCUCUCGUGAAAAAUUGCAGAGAAUAUUUGGUAUUGGAAGUGAUUCUUCCAAGCCCAGUAAAACUGAUGAUCGGUCCUCUGGAUCUGUUAAGGAGUCGAGAGUGGAACAUCGAAGUAGUUGGAGGGAUGAUGUUAAGGCAAGAGGUAUCAUAAGGAAAGAUAGCAAUAACUCAACACCAGAAAUUGUUGAAGAAAGACAAAAGGAAACUCAGUUUAAUAAACAUAGGAGUCAUUCCCUUGAAGAGACAUCUGGGAGAAGUUUUCUGCCAUCAGCUAUGAAAAAGACACACACACAAAAUUCUUCAGGUUAUGUAGAUCAUGAAAGGAGUAAGAGAGUGGGUAGCUCAUUUACAAGUACUCCCCAGCCUUCUCAUUUCACUGGAAAUAGAGGUCCUCCACCACCACAACCACCAUUGGAUAGUCCCAUGUCUCCUCCAAGUUCACCAACAGAUACUCCUCAGUCUCCAGAUCAGGAGGCAUGUUUCAGCCCUGUUUUGGAUUCAGAGGAAGCAACACCAGUUAAAACUAUUCCACUUCAGAACUUACAAGAAAAGGGUGUUGAUUUAGAAGCCAUUAAGAAAGCUUUAGCACAGAUUCAGUCUAAUGAAAAAUCAAAAUCAGGAACAGGACCAGGCCCUUCUUAUCGUUAUGAAGAUUUUGUUGGACCAGCUGCAGCUGCCAAAGAUGAUGAACCAUAUGAUCCAGAGGAAGUAUGGAAAACCGUUGAUAGUGAAGCAACGUCACGUCAUCAUCCACCUUCUAGUAACAGUGCAUCUGCAGCUGUGAUGUCUGGUAAUAGAGAUGUAGAUUUAAGACAGAUACCUCAAGUUUUUCCCCACAGAAGUCAUGGUUCUCAUCAUGGAGCUAGAGAUAUUGAUGCCAGAGUGCCUAAUAUUUCCCAAAUACCCCUACCUCAGAGACAGUCCUCCAUGACAUCACCAAGUUCAGCUCCACAAGUUGGGAUACGUAGCAGUGUUUGGGAUCAAGAUCAUCGGGCUCAGAGACCAGUUGAUCCUCGUAUUAGUCGAGGAAAUUCUGGAGAUGUUGACAUGCGUUGUCAACAGUUUCGUCCUCAUCAGUCAUCUGUCCAGCAACAACAUUCUUAUCAUGCUGUGUCUUCAUCAUCACAUUCACGCUCACCAUCUUUACCUUCAACACAUCCCCCAUUACCUCGACAACCUCCAUUACCAAAGGCUCAUCCACCACCACCACCAUUACCAGCCAUGCCCCCGCCUCCAUUACCAGAGUCACCAAAGCCACCACAGCCUCCAUUACCUCCAUUACCAAAGUCACCUCCUCCAAAAAUGGCAGAAAAUAUUGACAGGGUAAACAAAAAAGAUAUUCCUAGUAGACUGGAUCAUAUUAGAUCUAAAAUUGCUCAAGGUGCUGGUGAAUUUAUUAGACCAGGUCAGAGGGGAGUUGCCAUGUCGCAGAUGGAAAAGUACAAGUUAAAGAGACAGACUAGUAGCGAAAUUAAGUCUCCACCGCACAGUGCAACUGCAAACAAAGACUUUUCUUCUAAAAGGGCAGAAUCUAUUCUCCCAUCACAGUCCCCAGUAUCUCUGUUGGAUACACUAUUGCCUGAAGAUAAAAGUGAAUGUUCAGACACAGGAAGCCAGAUUUCACGAGACCCUCGGAAACAGCAACAAGAUUCACAACCUUUAGUUAGAGAUCCUAGGUUAAUGCCCUCAGAUUCUCUAUCAAUAAAAGAUACCGAGUCUCGUGCUAGAGACCCACGUCUCUCUUCUAGUAUGGGCACUACAUCACAAGCUGUUAGGGGCCCAAGACAGGAUUUAGUCAAGUACAGUGGUGCACCAAAAGAAAAAAGGCCAGAUGCAUCAAUGGCAAGUACAAAUGAAGGUUUAAGUAGAGAAAACAGGGAUCCCAGGAAAAGCACUGGUCCCUCUGAGUCCCGUAUAAGAGAUCCAAGAAAAGAAAUUGGACAGUUGAGCAGGCAUGAGCAUUCUGCUUUGGGUAGAGAUCCUAGGGACCCUAGAGAACUAAGGGAUCCAAGGCAAGACCAUUCACCUCUAACAAGAGAUCCUAGACAAGAUUUUGGAGGUUCUAAUAGAGAUCUAUGGCAAGAACAUGGAAAAUUUGCAAGUACAUCAAUUCCACUCGGAAGGGAAGCUCGUCCUGAUAUUGGACCAUAUGGAUCCAUGGUUGGAAUGAGAGAUCCUCGACGGGAGCCAGGACCUUAUUCAAAUAUCCUUGGUCCACAGCACAGAGAUCCUCGUUUUGUCCCAAGAAAUGACAGACCUGGUAAUGCAUGGUCUUCAGGUUCUCAGAAUAUGCCUUCUGGUUAUCACCCACCAGUACCCUUGCCUCAUACACCAUCAUCAGGAAUACCUAUGCCUCACGCACAGUCAUCAGGAGUGGCUAUGAGUUGGGAUGUAGGUGAAAGUAAUCCUGCACAUUCUGCAAGUGGUUCAUUAAUUGGUCAGUCCUUUACCUGCCUAAUGAUGUGUGGUCUACCCCAUUUUGUCAACUCGCACCACAUAUAUCGAUUCUUUGAAGAGUACAUAUUGCGAGAUAUUUCUAUUGAACUUGAUAAUAAUUACAAUUGUAAGGGCUCAGCUUAUGUUCACUUUCCUAGUCAUGCUAGUGCUCGUGAAGCUCUUGAAAAAAUGAAUGGAUACCUUUUGCAUGGGUCACCAAUUGCUCUCAAGAUAUGCACAGUUGGUAUAUUGCGUCAAGCUAAAAAUACUUAUGAACAACUGAAUCGUGAUAGAGAAGCUCGUUUAGGAUUGCCUGAGAGACCGAGAGGAAAUGCAAAUCCAUUUUAUAAACCACGGCCUAAGGAGCCACCACCACAUGUACCAACACCACCAGCUCCAAAACCAAAUUUAAUACAAAAGCCAGAGGCAGAGAAGAAAGAACUCCUUCAUGAUGAAAAAACUAUUCCCAAAGCUAAGGAAGAUAAAGAUACUGUAAAGAGUGGUUCAUAUUCCUCUCUUUGUGGUGUGAAAGUAGGUUCUUUGGCAGGUUCUAAGAGCUUCAAAAUUCCAAAGAUAAAAAAAGAUGAACCUAAAACUUUAAAAGUUCCUGAGGAAAGUUCUGUUAAACCAAGAGAUAAAAAGUCAGGUGAUAAAACUGUUGCACCCAAAACUUUAAAGGAAGUCAAAAAGAGUGAGAAAAAGAGUAGCAAGCCUCCAGAAUCUGACUCAUCUGAUUCUGAUACUCCUACAGACAGAACUAAGCAGGUUAGAAGGGGAAAGAAAAUGAUAAUUGAAUCUGAUUCAGAGUCAGAGGUAGAAGUAAAACCCAAAUCCCGUGGUAGUGAUAAAAAGGACAUUUACUCAAGUGAAGAUUCUGAUUCUGAUGAUGAAGCCAUGGUUAUUGAUGAAUCUAUUCAUUCAGAUGAUGAUGAUGAUGAUGAUGAUGAUGAUGAUGAUACAUUGUCAGAGAUGAGUUCUGUUGUUUCAGAUGAACCAUCAGAACAAUGCCUUCCUGAUAAAUGUAAAGGUGUUAAUAAGAAGCAACAGCAGUUACUACCUAAAAAAGGAAGAGGUAGGGGAGCUCCAAAGAAAGUGAAAGAAGCCAAGAAAGCUUUUAAACCAGCUAAACCAAAAAAGGAAAGGAUUAAAAAAUCAUCUCCAAAGAAGCCAAAAAGAAAGAAAGUCCUUGCAAAAGUUAGCUCUGAAAUUUUCAUUGAUGACUUAGAUUUACAAAGUGGUGUAGGCAUAAAGUUGACUAGACACACACAAGGAGAAUUAGAGGAACUGAUUCCUUUGCAAAAUAAACUUAAGGUAACAAUACCUGUUCCACAGAAAUUUAUCAUCACCUUGUUUGAAGAUGAUAAAGGAAAAAAGAGAGGGGUAAAGAGGAAAGUUGUUGAAACACUUCCUGUCCAGGAAGAUGCAAAAGAUACUCCAAUUGAAAUUAAAAUAGAAAAAAGUGAAGAGGAUGUGCUAUUCAAAGACAUUGAGAUAAUAGGUAAGAAAACAGGUGUGAAGAAAAAAGUUGACACGAGAAGAAAAGCUGUAGUGAAAAAGAAAAUUGAAAGCAAGGAGUCAAAGCUUAAAAAUAGGCCUCCUGGAUCAAGCAGAGGCAUUAUACCUCUUGUUUUGGAAGAACAAAGGAAUGAUCUUAAGUACUGGACUCCAACUAUCAGGAGAGGUAAAAAAAGGAAAUGUUUUUCUUCUGUAAAUUUUCAAAGGAACUGGAAGAAGGCAAAACGUACAAUGUCCAAGUUGUCCCUUAAGUUAUGGAGUGCAGCAGUUUUGAAGCAGUGUAGUGAAAGUUCCCAAGACAUUGAUGAAAAUCCUGACAAAUCAUCAGAAGCUAAAAGACGUCUGUCGAGUCCUGUUAGAUCGUCUUGUGCCAAGAAGCAGCGUAUUGAAAGUGAAGCCAUAAAUAAUGAGCAUUCUCAUGAAGAUGAUAAUUCUAAGGUGUCUGAAUCUGAUUUAGAUUUGUUUGAUAAUACAAUGGCUGAUGAGAUACCAGAUUUAACACUUUUGACACCAAGUCUGUUGGAGGUUGAACCUACCAUAUGCAAUGCCUUACCAAAUGCUUCGGUUCUGGCUAAUGUUUUAAGUCCUCCUCAUGGACUUCAGCAAAGUAAUGAUAAUUCAGUUUCAUCUGUUGCCGAACUUGUUGAAGAGAGUGCAGCGAGUAGGUCGGCUGUUGAUAGUAUCACUUCUGUGGGAAUUAAGCCAAACAUAGAUUCAAAGGUGUCUAAAGAGUCUGAUAAUAAUGAUACAUUAGAAGUGGGAAAUAAAGAGAAAAAGUUGGUAGGAAAUAAACAAACAGGUGAGUUUGAUGGAAAAAUGUCAUUUGAAAAAGAAACUGAGGAGGAGAUCCUUACUAAAACAGUGUCCCAGCUUGUAGAGUCCCUGGACAAGUCUUUAACUGAUGACCCACAAUCAAAGGAAGUUCCCAAAGAUGUUUUGGGAAAUAAAAAUACAAAAUCUGAGAAGGAACCAUUGGAUAUACUGAAAAGGUCAGAGUCUGAAGCUGGAGGUGAAUCCUUAGAAAAAACCAAAUCAGACAUGUCAGAAAUUGAUGCAGAGACAAAAAAUGAUAAUAAGUCAAAGUCGUCUGAAGAGACGGUAUCAGGGGAGAACUGUGAUACUGCAACACAAGCUUUUCAAUAUAACACGAUAGAAGAAAAGUCUAAAGAUAUUAGUGUACCAAAAAUUUGUGAUCCUGCAACAGAAGUGCUGAAGUGUAGAGGAAACAAGAUUGGGUUCGAAAAGGAGGAAAAGGACGCAAACAGCAAAAAGAAUGAAGAAAACUUGCUUACCAUUGCAACUAAGCAGGAGUUAGAAUUGUCUGAAAAAGUUGAUCAAACUUCUCAACGUGAUGAAAUGGAUAAAGAAAGGAGAGAAAGCCUGAAUUCACAAAGAGAAAAUAAAGCUGUUGAAGAUCUCAAACCCCAAGGUCCAUGCACAGCAGAACCUACUGACCAGAUACUUAAAAAAAAAAAAGAAGAGGAUGGAGAACAAAGUAAGCCUUCAAAUCUGAAGGCAGUAGAUAUGCCAGGUUUGGCAAAUAAAGAAGCUUGUGGAGAACUGGUGAGUUCAAGCUGUAAUUUAAUGAACAAGGAAAAGGAAUCAAGUACAGUUGCAUGUUCAUGCUCUACUUCACCUAACAAUGAAAAGCCUUGCAAUAUGCCCAAGUCUUGUUGCAGGUUUCCAAAUAAAGAGGGAGAGAAUCUUGAUCUGAAAAAUUUAAAUGCAUUUCAGUGUAGCAUCACUAGUGUUGCUCCACAAAAAUUAGAUGAUACUAAAGUUCAAAGUGCAGUAAAAGGAUUACCAGAAACUGAUUACAACCUCAAGGAUGAUAAUGCAGUUGUUAAGGGUGAUCAUGACAAGGGUAUUCAUACUGAAGUGGAUUCAUUGAAAAAGGGAUGUGAGUCGGUGCUAGAUUCAAAACAGGAUAAUGUGGAAGUUUGUGGAUCUGAUUAUAGUAAGGCAGAUUUUGAAGGAGAUGAUGAUGGUGAUGAUACGGCAAGCAUUGGUAGAAUGAGUUCUAGUAGCUUCAUGGAUGAUGCUUCACAGGUUUCCAGUGAAGGACGAGAACUCAAGACUCCUGAUUCUGUGGUAUCUAAAAAGGGUAAAAGAGCAAAAGUUGGCACUCCAGUUAUCCCACCAGAAUGCAGAAGGGUCACUCGAGGUUCUCUGGUUGAACCUCGGGUAGCAGAGGUCACUGAGUGGGAUGAUGGAGGAGUAAUUGAUUUGUUUCAGUGCGAUAUGUGUGAUUAUGUAGGUCGUCACAUUGCUAACCAUCUUGUUAACUUUCACAUUGAACGUGAAUUACCUUGUGAAUUCAAGAAAGAAGACUUUGGACCUGUUAUCAGAGAGCAUGUAGGACCACCAGUCAAAGUGCAAUUUUCUGAUGGUGAACCUACACCUGCUUUGUCAUUAACUUGGAUUCCAAAUGCUAUGACAUUUGAAGAAAGUAUAACAUGUAGAAACUGUGACUACUUCUCUAAUAGCCGUUUUGAUUUGAUUUAUCAUUACCUUGAGCAUGUUCCUAAGGCAGCUGAGAAUGCUUUUCAUUGUCGUCUUUGUAACUAUAUGUCGGAAGUGAAAGAAGAAUUCUACAAUCAUGUUUCUAGUCAUACUGGUGAAUAUCGCUAUGUGUGCGACCUUUGUGGCUAUAAAACUUAUAAGAGAUCAUUACUUGAGGAGCAUCACAAGAGUAAUCACAUGACCCAGUCUCCAAAAUUUUCAGUUUUAAAUAUGAUACAAGAAGAUGGAUGGUUAUAUAUACAUGUAUGCAAAAUAUGCAUGUUUGUGCGUAUUAGCUUACAAGCUGCUGAACAGCACGUGCAGCAACGUCAUGGAGGCAAGGCUGACAUCCACAAAGCUAAUAUGUCUAGGUCUAUUGUAUUACAUUCAGAAAUGAGGAAGUCCACAGAAGGAGAGAGUGUAGUGGUACCACGUUCUAGGUACAAAGGAAAGAAAAAGAAGAAAGGAAAAAAAGGCCCUGAUUUAGAAGUGUUUGUUGGUGAAGAUAAAAGAGAAGAAGAAGAAGAAGCUGAAGCUAAAGCAAAGCAGCUAGUGGACCGAAUAUCACAUAAUAUUCAUAUUUCAACGUCUGCUCAACAAGUGCACAAAAGGAUGUCUUUGCUAGAAACUAUUUGUCAAAAGCUGGAUGAAACUGAUGUUGAUGAGUCAGGGUCUUCUGUUGCUGGAUCUACAGUACCAGCUAAGGGUGAUAUCCUCAAGAGAAACACUGAUCUGGGGGAUAAAGUAAAGGUCAAUAAGGGUAAUGAUACAUGUGGAAAAGUGGAAAAUUUAGGAGAAAAAAUUAGUAUAGCCAAGGAAGCAUGUGAGUCAAUAUCAGAACUACCUGACCAGAAGGAAGAUGUAGUGAUCCCAAGUGAUGAUAAGCAAAAAAUAACCAGUGGGCCAGAGAACAGUAAAGAGGAGACCAAAGAAAGUGAAUCAGCUCUGUUUCCAGUGAUUGAGGAACAAAAAAAUCUGUCAAACAAGAAACCUCCUAUCAGUGAGGAAAACUCUGUGGAAUCAGAUUCUGAUUCCACAGUAAGUGCCUUGGAUGCAAGCACUUUCGAUGAAGACCAUAUUAUAGUAGGAAGUGGCUCCCUUCAGGACACUAUUCGUAAAUUAAGUGCACAGUUAGAUAAAGAUUCAAAAGAAAAGGCAGAAAAAGACAAAGUGGAAAAGGAAAAGCAAGAUAUAAAAAAGGCAACUGAACAGUCAGAAAAACAUGAUGAAAUAGAUUUGCAUGAGGAUGACAGUGAUUCAGAUACACUCGUUAUAUGUGAAGAUGUUGAUACUGAUACUAAGGAAGUAGCUGCAUCUCCUCAGGCAGCAAAAUCAAGUACUAAUGAAGAGCCUGCAUUUAUUGAUGAUGGUUCUUCACUUCAGAACUCUAUUCAGUCAAUCCUUAGAGAGAGUGCUGAAAGCACCUCAGAUAGUAAAAUGCCCAAAUUAAGGAUACGCCCAGCAUCUCAACUAUUAGACCCAUCUCACCUAUUAGACCCACGAUUCAGAAUUGUUCCUAAGUCACGUAUGCAAACGUCAUCUAGACGACAGAAACAGCCUUCAUUUCAUUUUGGUGAUCGUCAAUCUUCAUUUGUAUCGCUACAACAAGGAAGGAUGCUGGUGUCUACCAACUUCGUUUGUGGUGUACCGGAAUGCGAGUAUAGCAGUGAUGUACACUCUUUUGUGCUCAAGCAUAUUAUUACUAUGCAUGGUGCUUUCAAAUGUAUUAACAGUGGAUGUCAUUUUGUCACCAAGUCAAGGUCUUUGUAUUCAUCUCACAUGCAACAGAACCAUCCAAAUAUGAAUUUCUUGGUGUGUCCAUUUUUGUGCAAGGUCACCAUCUCAAACUUCAAUCAACUUCUGGAUCAUUUGGGUGAACAUCAGAAUAGUGAAACACAUGAGCUGUCUUCGGUAUCAGAAGUUGAGGAUGAUGGUACUGGAGAACUAGGGUUCCUUCGAAUCGAGAGUGUUGGCACUUUGGAUCCUGCAUCAGCUUCUCGGAUGUUUGGUGAAGAUUUUAGGAAUUCUUCACCUUCUGUUUCAUCAUCUCAGCUAGAGUCACCAGUAAAAUUUACCGCAGCAGUAACAAAAUCUACAGGGGAUGUACUUUCAUCAUCAGGUUUUAAAGUAGCAUCAGAGUCAGCACAAAGUAAUGCUAUGUCCUUAGCUACAGGACAACCUUCUUCCAGUUUAAGUACAACCACUACAGAAGGACGCUCCCAGAUUACAUCCCAGUCAGGGACAUCUGAGUCAGGCAACUCAAAUUUUCAAGGUGGAAAGUCUUUUCUUUUAUGCAGUCUACAGGAUAGUGCCUUAAAGAGUAAACAGGAAUCCGGAGUAACUAGUAAUACCUAUACUGGUGUAUCAGGCAAACCAGUGUCUUUGGAAAUUCAGUCAUCAUUAGGUGGAAUGACACCUCUUGCUGAUCCACACCCUACUACGCAGACAGAUUCUUCCAAAGGAUUAGAAUCUCAUGACACAACUACAGAUUUAGAUCUUCCAAAGACAACUACUUCUGUAUCCACACUUAAUGCUGAUAGUUCAGGUUUAAGAGGUGAUUUGACAUCAAAGUUAAACCCUAAUGUGGUUACAGUUGAAGAUGAUGAUCAAGUUGAAGACCGAAGUGUUAAAAGGAGCCCGCCUCCUGGUCUUGCAACUCUUCCCAAACAUCCUCCAACUGUACCUAUUCAAGAAGUUUUUGUAGAAUAUCAACCUGCAGAUAUAUUCAGAACACUUACCACAAAGCUUGCACCUGAAGUUUUCAAGUGCAUGUAUCCAGGAUGUGUCUAUGCUGACGAUGAACCUGAUUCCUUCAAGAGUCAUAUCUCUUUGCAUGGACGUGGUUACAGAUGCUGCUACUGUCUGAUGCUGAUGAGUGACCCUGAUAGUCUCAUAGAUCAUGUUCUAACAGAGCAUAGUAAUUGCGAGUACCAGUGUAAAUACUGUCUAUAUCGUGCUUAUACCAAAAUCUACAUGGGUGUCCACUUGAAAAAUUUUCAUCCUUAUGAUGAACCUCGCUAUAUCAAAGUUGGAACUAUACGGUCUGGAUAUCCACCAAGUCCCCCCAUUGACCAAUUUGUGAGACCUUAUAGAUGUAGUUAUGAGGGAUGCCAGUACAGGACUGUCGACUCUGAAGCUUUUAGAAUUCAUGUUCAGCAGACUCAUGGACCAUUUGUCAUCUUAAGCUGUAAUUAUUGUCACAAACAUCUCCAUGUGAUCCCCCUGAUUGAUCAUAUGCGUGAGCAUCAGAUGCAUGCACACCAGUGUCCCUAUUGUUUACAUGGAGAUGCAGAGAGAGAACGCCUUUUAGGACACCUUCUUAACUGUCAUUCUGGACGUCGUGGCAAAGUGCUUGUUCGCAAACACAAUGAGGAAGAGAGUUCAGAAGGUGCAUCAAAGAUAGAAGAGCGCUCAUCUCCAGUGCAUCAACCAUCACAAGUGCCAGCUCCACCUAAGCCACUAUCUGAAAGAAAAGUCACCUUGAACUUUGAUGAAACUCCCCCAAGGAAGACAAGUGAAGGUGGAUCAUCAUCUAGUGCUACACCAUCACCAGCAAAAGAAAUUAACCAGUCUCGUUUGGAAGGGAGAAGAGUUUCUCGGAGUCUUUCACGGGAGUUAGGAGAUUCUGAUUCCAGUACCAGUAAAGCUACAAACAGUAUAAGUGAAGAUAGUUCAGGGCAGCCUACAGAAAAAACUGGUCUAAGUGGCCAUGCACUUUAUCGUUGUGGAAAUGAUGGUUGCAAGUACACAAGCCUCACCCAAGUGGAACUUAGGGAGCAUUUACAAGUAUGUGACUUGACUCUGGAUUCUACAACUAAAUGUUAUCAUUGUGGGAAACAGUGUCGGCAUUUGAGCACGCUUUUUGAUCAUCUGCGAGUCCAUGGCCCCAAGAGAUAUUGUUGUGGUGUAACAGGCUGUGAUUAUCGGGCAACAAUGGCUCAUUAUUUUAAAAAUCACAUGAAACAAAUUCAUCACUGUUCAGGAUUCAAGCAUUUGAUAAAGGAUCCUAAAAACAAAGAUCCUGAAACUCAGGAAUUUGUUGUAUAUCCUAAAGAUGCUGUCCUUCCAAUAAGGGUAGCAAAGAGAAGGAAAUAUGUAUAUUCAUACGAAGAUAUUCCUCGCAUUCCUAAGCCUCAUGUUUCUUAUCAUGACCUUAAGUGCUAUCAUUGUCAGUUUUCAACCAAAGUUCGUCUGAAUUUAAUCAAGCAUUUGCGCCUUCAUGAGAAGUAUCCUGAUGGUAUUCCAGAAAAGCUGUAUAUAUCAGGGUCACUGUCUAGUCCAAUUCCUUCUAAACAGCCAAUUAAUCCUGUCCCAUGCUUAGAGCGGAAAGAAUUGAUGUUUGACAAGAUGAUGAAUUUAGCUGGGAGCAGUUUUGAAAACAAAAAGCAAAAAGAAGACAAUUUAAGAAUUAAAAAUCCAAUACCUUCUGAUGAAUUAGAAAAGCUACCAAAGCAUGUUCCCGAAGAGAGACUUCAUUCUUGUGGUGUUGAAAACUGCAAUUAUGUGUCUUGUGAUGAUAUGAUGCUCAAGUAUCAUAUUCGUUCCCUACAUGCUGACAUGACCACUUUUCCAUGUCCUCAUUGCAUUGAUUUAACCAUAACUGUGGAGAAGAUGACAGCACACUUUAAACUUCAUGGGGAUCGUCUGUAUAGGUGUGGGUGGUGCCCGUAUAUAUCUGCUCGUCGAAAUAUAGUAGAGAGGCACAUGAAAGAAAAACAUCAUGGGAAGAAACUUUUUGAUUUUAUCAUCCGUGAGCCCCAGGACCCAGAUGCUUCAAAGAAAGUAGAAGAUCAACCUGCAGAGCAACAAGACACCUCUGGUCUUACACCAGCACCCCCACCUCCACCUCCACCUCCACCUCCAUUGCCUGCUGACCCACCUCAAUGGCAGUGUGGACUUUGUAAAUUCAGUUCAGUCACUCAGCAGGACAUGGUUAACCACACUAGUUUCAAGCAUUCCAUUAAGAGUCAGUAUAAAUGUGGUUACUGCAGUGUUAGGUCAUCUGUAAGGGCCAGCUUUGAUGCGCAUUUUGCAGCUAAACAUCCCAGUCAGCCUUUCAGGGUACUGUGUAUGUAUUAUCGCCUUGAUUCAGAAGAUAUUGAACCACUUAAACAUGGGGAUGGACAAAAUACUCAUGAGCCUAUUUGGAGGAGAAAUGACCCCGAACGUAUUCGUCACAUUAGAGGCAUUAUGCUUGAUGACCCUGAAGUCAAAAAGACAUGGUUGAAAAAUACAGCAACGGGUUCACCUAGUAAGGGAGAAUAUGUUUGUCCUGUGUGUGGAUCUUUCAAGACAGCCUGUGUUUCAACUUUCCGUUCACAUCUUUGUAGAGAAGCUGAUUAUGAUAGGUAUCAAUGUGUUGAGUGUGGCGUUAGCAAUGCUCUGCUUCCAAAUCUCCAGCGGCAUUAUACGAAGACUCAUCAUUCUUCCUUUACAAGUGACUCUUAUCUUAAUCUACCAAUUGAAGAUGAUAAGGAGGCUUGGGUUGAAGGUGUUAUAAGUCACCAGGAAAAAUUGAUAAAACUUUGGCAAGAUAAAGGUGGCAGCGAUCAAGAUAGUCAUCAGACACCAACCAAGUCACCUGUCGCUACCCGUCUUUCAUCAGCUCAAGAAUUAUCCAGUCACACAGGUGAGGGUUCCCCCCAACAAGGUGGCGUUGUGCUGCACGACUCUGGUAGCGAACGUGGCCGCUUCGUCUGUGAGGUGUGUGGUUGUGAAUGCCGUACAGCUGCAGGAUUGAAGAGUCAUACAACGGCUAUGCAUCAGACCAGGUUCAAAUGCCAUUAUUGCCCAUUUGCCAGCAACAGUGAAGAUGCAGUGAAGCAGCACUGUAGCUUGAAGCAUCCUAAGCUACAGAAUGAAGUUCUUGAUGUUUCCCAGCGAACUCGUUUGCAGAAAGAGGAACAUUUACUUACAGAAUCUGGAGGCCCUACAUCUGCAAGUAGCCAAGAGGCAAGUGAAGCUGAAGGAUCAGAAGCUGGAAAGUCAUGUAAUGAAGGAACUGAGAAGCCAGACAGUGUGAAGAUAUAUAGCUGUCAAUAUUGUCCAUUUUCUACAAACAUCCAGUCUUCACUUAAUACUCAUAAUCGCAAAAAACAUGUUGAUACUCGCAUGUACAGAUGCAACCAUUGUAACAGUCGUUUUGCUACCAAUAAUGAUACGAUGAGGCAUCAUCGUUGGAAGCAUCAGCAACUCAAGCCAGAUAUCACUUACUUAGAUCAGGCUGAAGGAAUUUCAGUGCCUGAGCAAAGUGAUGAAGAAAACUGUGGUACAGUAUUCUCAACUCCAGUUUCUGACAGUUCUAGCAAGAAAUCUCAUCGCCACAUACCUGGCCAAGAUCUUCCCAAAAAAAAUAGAAACAGGACUCCUGUUCAUAGUAGGGCUAGUUCACCUGUACCUAGGACAGAGAGUGCCAAUUUACCUAGUGUUGAAACCUUGCCAGUGGCACCAAUUUUAAAGAGUACUGUUGAAUCUCAUGUGAUUUAUAGUUGUUGUCAUUGUAGUCAUAGGUCAAGCAAAGAGGUGAUGGAUGAUCAUAUGAAAAAGCAUCACAGAGACAUGCCUUAUCAAGUCAGAAGAGAAGAAGCUGACAAGGUGUUUACAGAGGUUUACAUAUAUAAGUGCAUUCAUUGCAUUGUGGAAAGUAUUUCCCAUGCACAGUCCAUGGAUCACUGGAUCCAGAAUCAUGCAUUACGGGACUUCAAGUAUCAAAUGGUAUUGAGACAUUCGGGUGAAGUGUCCAAUCAGGUUGUAACAAGUACAACUACUGACAAAGACCUUUCUGAACCAAGUGUUAUUGAUCCAGACAAAUUUUUGAACGAUGAUACAGGACUAAGUACAAGUGGUAGUGAUUUUGGUGCUGAAGUUACUUCAAGUAUGGUUAGUACUAGCAGCUUGGAAGGAGUUAGUACAAGUGUUGGUAACCCAUUAUCUAUUGUGAAAAGAAGAGGAAGUGGUCUUGAUAUUGUAUCUCCUCAUCGCUAUAGUUUUGACACUGAAGAAGAAGAUCAAAGUGAAAUGGGCGACAGUAUUGAUGAAGAUGGAGAUAGCACAAUACAAAGUAGUUCAGAUAUAGAGAGCCAAGACAUGAUGUAUAAAUGUGGCUACUGUAAAAAAAGUAGUUCCAGGCUACAGGAGAUGGAAGCGCAUAUGACUAAAAUUCAUGCAGAUAAACCAAAAACUGUCAGGAAAUUGAAACGUGAUGUAUAUGAUCAGCUGUAUCAAGCAGAAUUUGAAUGUGGUUACUGUGGUGAGAAAGGGCGCAACUCUGACAUGACCAAGCAUCAGAGAUUAUCUCACCCAAACCUGCCUCACAAAUUUACCAGGGUACCUCCUGCUCCAAGAGAAAAUACAUGCUACAGGUGUGAAGUUUGUGCACAUGUAGUAAAGAAUAUGUCAUCCAUAAGGUUGCAUUUACGUCGCCGUCAUCCAGAAGCUAGUGAAUUUACUUUCACCAAAUUAACCUUUGAUUCACCAAUGCGUUUUCCCAUCAAGCAACCAUAUAAGUGUAACUACUGUGGUGAUGUAGGGGAAACUUUUCAGGAAAUGCAAACCCACCAUGCUUUCCUACAUUCUCACCUUGAAAUUAGUAUCAAGAAUCUUCGGGAUGAAGCACUUUCUUCAGUGCACACACCUUCCACAAGUUCAUGUACAGAGGAAGUACCGGUGGUUGGUAAUGUUUCCUUUCCAGUAGCAACAAGUUCAACUUUGCCAACCCUUUCUCCAAGUUACUCUAAAAAGCCAAUGAAUGACACUGUACCAAGAUUGAAAAACACAGCAAGGAAGUCUUUCCCCGUGUCUGUGAGUCGCACUGUAGCCAUGAAGUCUACUGCAAAGCCACAGUCGAGUGUAUUAUCAAGUAGCACUGGUCAGGACUGUUGUGAUAGUUUGGACUCAACAGACUCGUCUCAACAGUUAAUUUAUGCAUGUGUGGAUCUUGGUGCCGGUGUCCCAGUGAAAUUAACUGUACAGAAGCUGGGAAAACUGAUAAAUUUACAACCUUGUGUAGUCCUGGAAAGAUUGAAUUCAUUCAGACCUGCAUCAGACUUAUAGGUGUUACUCUGUGGGAAAUCAAUAUCUAGUGCCACCAGUAGUGAACAGAAGCUGCGAGUCUUUUAUGAUGUUAUGGAGCAUUGGGAAGAACUGUGAGUGUGUUAUAGUGAAACUCAUUUCCCUGGUCCUUGUUAUCUUGAAGGUGCUGUUUACAAGAAUUCUUCCACAGAAGACCUGUUUAUAGAGAAAAUCCCAUAAUGGGAAAAUGUAAUAUUUUGUAAAAGCUCUCCAUCCUUAUGGUAAUUUUUUCCUUUCAUUAGUUUUUAAAGAACCUUUGACUAAAUAUAUAUAUAUUUUUUUUUACUAGUCAGGAAUGGUAGAUUUACAAUUUGACAUAAAAACAAGUUGUGUUGUUUCAUUUGCUACCAAACUCAGGUUUAUUGCAGCUCUAGUGGGAAUAUGUUAAAAAUCCUGUUUGUCAUCUUUUUUUUAUACCAAAAAUGUUAAAUGUAUUCAACUCUAGAUUUAUAUUAUGUUUAUAGUUGUAUUAUUUCUGUCUACCCGUAUGAAACUGGUACAAACAAGAUAUUUAUUAUGAGUUGAAGAGUCAAGCUAGUUUCUUUUUAUUUGAUUACUCUUGUUAUUAAGAAAUCCUUGUUGUACUUAAACUUGUGGCAUUCCUUUACAAGUGCUAUUUUACAGUUUAAGUUUUUGACAGUAGUGUGGUGGUUUUUGACUUAACAAAAUUCUAAUAAGAUCAACCUUUUUGUAAGAACUAAUUUAGAAAUGUGCUCCACAAAAAACAGUGCCAAACGUUGGAUUGAAAUAUAAUGCAAUUGAUGAAAGCCUUGGAAGAUUGUUUUCAUGAAAGUAACUAAAAUUUGUGGCUCGCACUGUCAUUCAAUUUUAAAUGUGUUUAGGAAAUUAUUUAUAGUUACAGUAUUGAAUAAUUUUGUUAUACGUUUGUUCCUUCCAUUCCAUUGUGAUAUACUUUAGAUAUACUUUAGGGUAUCAAAAAGAAUUUUUGUUUGAUGAAAUUCUAGAUGUAGUUUUAUUGAAUUUUUUCUUUGACUAAGCUCUUUAAUCUUUUAUUUAUUGUGUAGCUUGAAAGUAAUAGCAAUAACAUCAUUAUUCAAUUGGGUAAAUGUUAAUGUAAUGGUGUGUAUGCUUUUAUUUCAGCAUGAAAAUUGAUUUGAAGAAAUUAUACAUUGCUGUUGAACUAAGUGAAUCAAGAGCUUGCUAAUUACUGCAUGUAUAUAUAAAUUUUUUUCAUACAUAAAUCAUUCCCAAAUGUACCUUGAUUCAUACUCAUGGCAAGUAGGUUGCCAUUAUAUGUAAAGUUUACCAUUAAUGAAACUUUGGAUUUUUUGUACAUAAAAUCAGAAAAUAUUUUAGUUGAAUAACUGUUUUUUUUAACAAAACAUAAAUUAUAAGAAUAAUUUGAUAUGGAAAUAUCUAAUUAAAGUUUUGCAAAUUA